AUGAGACUCUCUAUCCUCUCCGUCCUCUCUCUCGUUGGUGCCGGCAUGGUAUCUGCUCUUCCCCAGGAGUCUAACCUCUCCUUGAAGCGCUCCGAGUCUACCGAAAGCCAUAAGCCUGAUACCUCGGAAUGCGUCGGCACCCUCCUCUGCUGUGGAACUCUCACCACUCCUCUCGACCCCGUUGUCGACCCCCUUUUGUUAGCUCUUGGCAUUGAUGCUGCCAGCAUCGUUGGAUCAAUUGGUCUUCUCUGCCAUGGGUACGAGAAACACAGCUGUGACACCGAGCCCCAGUGCUGCACCGAGGCUAACAUCCUGGGCGGCACUCUUGCCCUCGGAUGUGCGGAUUUGAAGAAAUAG